AUGCACCCGGCAGUUGGUCACAAGUAUGUCGUUGCCGUUGAUCGCACUCGACCUCAUGGCCGUGUUAUCGGUAUCGAUCUUAUACCCGCCCAGCCUCCCAGGGGUGUUGCGGCUUUCCAAGGAGACUUCUUGUCCCCUAUGGUUCAAAAACUUGUCAAAGAAUUCAUCGUCCAAAGCCACGGCGACAGGCCUCCUCAGGCCGGGAGAGACGAUGUUGAUGAAGACAACGAUACGCUUCCAGAAAAUACGAUCAUCGACCAGCCGAGCUACAUUGAUCGAGAGAGACACUCAGCAGAGAGUUCAAGCUCUCCAUCUAGUAGCGCAUUAGCAGAGUCGACCUCGAGAAAUCUGGUGGAUGUCGUGUUAAGUGAUAUGCUGAUGAACACGAGCGGCAUUGCGUCUCGAGAUCAUGCGGGUAGUAUGAACCUUUGCGAGGCUGCACUUCAUUUUGCCAGCGACACACUCAAACCCGGCGGCCACCUUGUCUGCAAAUUCUACACGGGAGCGAUGGAUAAAUCGUUGGAACAGCAACUCAAAGUGCUCUUCUCAGAAGUGUACAGAGAGAAGCCGGAAUCAUCUAGAGCAGAAAGCAAAGAGGCUUAUUUUGUUGCCCUGUAUAGAAAGGCCAAGGCCACUAUUAAUCACUAG